GCCACUAUCUCUCGCGCAGCGGGAGGGCGUGCCGCUGGGGCUCUCGCUCUCGGAUAGGCUGCGGGGAGCGCCGCGGAGGGAAGUGAUAUUUUACAAUGGGAGGCGGAUGAGAGACGGUAGGGGAGGUUAUGGCGGGAGAGACGAAAGCAGUUUCUGGGCGGCGUCAUGGCUGUCGCCUCCUGUUACGGGUUGUGGUUCUUUCGAUCCUGGCGCGCGGCUCCGAUGGACAAAUAUCAUUUCUUAAAGAAUAUCAAACAUAUGUACAUAAUUCCUCUGAACAGUUUUGCUAUUCAAAUAAACUGAUCCCAAAAUGGCAUGAUAUAUGGACCAAAAUUCAGAUCCGAGUAAACAGCACCAAGGUGAUCCGGGUCAUCCAAGUUGAAAAUGAAGAGAAGCUGAAAGAACUGGAUGGAUUUAGUUUAUGGAUCUAUAUUGGCUUGCUCUUCAAAGAGAAGCUUAAUGACACUUACAUUAAUGUUGACAUUUUCAGUAAAGAAACCUGCUUGAAAGUCGAGCUCCUUGACCCACACUCCACAUACACCAUCAGUGUUACUCGUACACUUGAUCCCAAGCUCUUCAUUGUUACAUUUCUGGGCCUUCUGCUGUUUUUCUGUGGUGAUUUGAUGAGUAGAAGUUCAGUCUUCUUCUAUUCAGCUGGAGUAAGCAUUGGCAUGCUGAGUUCAUUGCUCGUUGUUGUCUACAUAUUAUCCAGAUUUGUGCCCAAGAAGAGCCCUAUCUAUCUCAUGAUUCUGGGAGGCUGGUCUUUUUCUGUUUACCUUACCCAGUUGGUCUUCAGAAAUCUGCAAGAAAUAUGUACAAUGUACUGGGAAUAUCUACUUGGCUACCUGGUCAUCAUAGGGUGUGUAAGCUUUGCUGUGUGCUACAAAUAUGGCCCUCUGGAGAAUGAACGCAACAUAAACCUCCUCAGCUGGAGUCUGCAGACUUUCGGCUUGCUGCUCCUUUACCUGAGCAUUCAGAUACGAUAUAUUGCCAUCAUCUUGAUUGUAACUGCAAUCUGCACUAAAAACUUGGAAUACCCAGUCAUAUGGGCCUAUGCCAUCUACAGGAAGGUGUUCACAGCUCCAGAAAAGCCCACCCCACCACGUCUAUUGACUGAGGAGGAGUAUCGGAUCCAGGGGGAGGUAGAGACACGCAGAGCCUUGGAACAAUUGCGGGAGUACUGCAGCAGUCCGGAGUUCUCUGCAUGGAAAGCAGUCUCCCGCAUCCAGUCUCCAAAGAGGUUUGCUGACUUCAUAGAAGGUGCCUCACAUGUCAUCCCCAAUGAGGUUUCUGUCCACGAGCAGGAGUAUGGCUUGGGGGGUUCCUUUCUAGAGAAUCAGCUCUUUGAAGAGGAAGACGAGGAAGGAGACUCCAGUUUUGAUGAGGAGGAUUGCACGGACAGACCGUGGUCCCAGAAUCACCUAGAUUUUCAAGAUAAAACUGGCCACUGUUGAUGCAAAUGGAUUGACUGAUGCCCCUUAUUGAUCCCCAGGUUUACUGUCUUCUGCUACAAUGGAGGAUUGCUAUAGAAAGCCCUUUCUGUAUGGCAUUGCUUAACUAGCUGCAUAGGCUUGGCAAUCUGAGAGGAAGGUGUAUCCCAGGCCCCUGAAGCCCUGCCAUCUAUUCCAGACCGUGACAUGACUGUGAACUGCACCAUACUUGGGAUAUGCCUCAGUAUCCUGGACUAAGUAUCUUACGAACUACACGUUGGUCAGAACCUACAGCUGUCAGCUGUGAGUAGGCUAAGGAGUAGGACUGUGGAGAGCUGGUAAAUCAUUAGUGAAAGCCAGCGAGUAAUGACAAAUCAUUUUACCUCGAUAAAACAGGCUUCUUGAAGGAAGGUUUGAAAGGCCAGCUGAAUUUGAUAGACAUGUCCUAAUUUUGUGCCAUGUCUUCUUCUUGGGAUGCAAUAGCUGCUGCCCUUUGAAGUUUGGUGUUCCAGGGUGCCGACAAAGAUUUGUGGGCAUCCUGCUCUUGCUCCAGUGACUGAACUUUUCACUUGUUGGCUUAAUUGUUGCCUCCUAGGUUCAGUACACUGUUAAGUCUGAGGCUAUUGCUGUUGUAGAAUGCAUAAUGAGAUUUUUUGGAACCAGCAAGUAGCUAGGACUCCAAAGGGGUCUCUCUCCUCCUGUACGUGAGAAUUGCACAAAUAGAAAUAUUUUUAAGUAUAUAAUAAUAUUGGGAAAGGGGUUGCUUCAAUUAAAAUACUUCCUGGGGAGAUUCCCCCAUGUUCCCUGUUGUAUAAUGUAACUUAUUUGCAGCCUUUUUGGUGGGGUUGUGCAAAACUGACUAUUUCAGGUAUGAGCCACUUUCAGUUUGGAGAAUUAAUUUGUGUGUGGCUGGAUCAGAGUAGCCUGGAGGACAUUCUGGAAUGCUGGGUUUUGUACAAAACUCCUUUUUGGAAACCAAAGCUUUGUGAUCUUCAGCAAACCUGCCAUGGUUCAGAUCUAAAUCACCUUAUUUGUUUUUGCCCUUGUAGUCCUCAAUGGUACUGUAAUCCUAUGAGAAAAUUCAGUUGUAUCUGGAUGAGGACAUGGCAAUAAGCUCAGAGUAGGUGUUUAUAC